AUUUUCAAUAAAUAUAUUUAUUAUAUUUAAAUUAAGGGAUUUACAUAUUUAAAUAUUAAAACAAUGAAGUAUUCAGUCAUUCAAUCUUCAGCUGAGGGAUGCCGAAAUCAAACUCAUAUCCCACCACCUGUAAGUUAUUCGAAAUCGUGCCUUUCGGCCACAACAAAAACUUAUAAAUACUUAAGGCGCUUAUUAUUGUUUAAUCAAAUGGAUUUUGAGUUUGCCUUGUGGCAAAUGGUUUACCUUUUCAUUGCGCCGCAAAAGCUUUACAGAAAUUUUAAUUAUAGAAAACAAACGAAAUCACAAUUUGCUCGGGAUGACCCCGCAUUUCUUGUGUUACUAAUUGUAUGUCUUUGCGUAACUUCUCUGGGCUUUGGCUGGGUUUUGGGAUUAAACUUAUGGCAGAGUAUUUCAUUUGUAUUCUACGUUGUAUUUGUUGAUUGCAUAUUUGCCGGAUUAGUUGUGGCCACAUUCCUGUGGUUAGUGACAAAUCGAUACCUACGCAGUAGUAACUUGGAACCGGAUAUUGAAUGGGCGUAUGCAUUUGAUGUGCAUCUCAAUGCGUUUUUCCCGCCUUUAAUAUUAUUACAUUUUAUACAAUUAUUCUUUUAUAAUUGGCUAAUAAGUCAGACUUGGUUAAUAUCACGCUUUUUGGGCAAUACUUUUUGGUUACUUGCGUUAGGUUAUUAUGUUUACAUUACUUUUCUGGGCUAUAACUGCAUUCCACAUUUAAGGAACACCCGCCUUCUUUUAAUGCCUUUGCCUAUCAUAUUUUUGUUAUAUUUGCUUACUUUAAUUAUUGGCUGGAAUGUGACGGUUUCAUUUAUGGAUUUUUAUAAAUAUCGUGUUUAUUAAAGAUUCAGAUAAGAUUUUCAAAUUGCUUUUUAACAGAAUUUGUGUUAACUUAAAAAUUUUUUGCAAUACAUAAAA